UCAAGCCCCUCAGUGUACAGAAAAAGGAUGUCUUGAAGCUGUCGGUCUGCCAUGGCUUUGCUGCGAGCAGCAGGCGUGGAACUUCCCCGAAACCUGCGGGGGAUCUUCACCUCAGUGGCCAGGUGGAAAUCCAGGUCGUGCUGGGGUCCGGCGAGACGCGCUUAUGUUCCCCUUCUACCUGAAGGCAAAGAUCCUCGAGGGCGUCAUCACUGCGGGCCUUAUCAGUUUCAUGGUAAAACGCCGAUCCAAAUCGUUCAGAGAUUCAAGGACCCAGCAACUUUCCCUUGGUACAAAGUGCCGGAAGCUCUCAGAGACAGGCGCUUCGAGGAGCUUUGGCAGCUGGCGCAUCGCUGCGGAUAUUCCGAUGCCAUGAAGGCUGUUCGGCUUCUCACAGAGGAUGCUCCUGCGGCAACCACAGCCAUUCCCGUAGAUACGCUUCCUCCCCGAGAGAGACUACGUCUCAAUCGAUCUCAACUUCGAGCACUGAGGAGUGGCAAUCCUGCAGUCCCAGUGCAUGGCAAAGGCCCGCGCACAAUCUUCGACAAAGUAGAUUGAGUUACAACGCCGGGUUUCACCAAUUCCAUGGUCGAGGGGGUAAAACCCAAGGGUCUUUGACUCUUUUUGACGCGGAAAAGAGGAUC